UCUCAGGGUGUCCGGCGAAUAACGGAAAAACCAGACCAUAGAGUUACAGGCACUCUCAGAGCCUCUUGAAAACCUUGUCCAGCUGAGCAGUGACUUCUGUGGUGUCUUGAAAGCAGGGACAGAUUAAAGCUUUUGGUGUGGCAUGAAGCUCUGUUAUGGAGCCUGGGGAUUUGGAGAUGGAGAUGGAGCAGACAGAGGCAGGGGAAUUCCCACAUUCAUCCUCGCUGCUUCGCCCGCAGUUCUGCGUUGACCUGAAGGCCCUGUGACAGUACAGAGAACCCAGAAAACUGCUUCAAAAGUGACCAAAAUGCAUAAUUUAAGCCCGCUGCCCUGAGGCAGAGCAAGGAAAGUUCUGCUCUGCCGUUACCCUGUCGCAAGGUUUGUGGUCUGCUGCCUUGCCUGUCAGUGUCUUUUUCUUCUUUCCUCCCCUUCAGAUCACCAUGAUUGUCUCAGGAGAGCAGGCUCUGACGGGAGCAGGACUGCCCAGGAUGUCCAGCUGCCUGCCAAAACUGACCGCGGCAGUGCUGAGCCACAGGCCCAGGGCUCUCUUUAUCCUCACCAUUUCAUUGGUGUCCUUUACCUAUGUCAUGUUCUACUGGAGAACCUGGGAGGACACUGAGGGCCAGCUCUACAGCUUGUCUACACAAAGCAGCUGUGAACAGUUCAUGCCGCCUUCUCCCCACGCCGUUGCUGGUGGGCCCCCUGCUCCCCCAGGGGAUGUGUUCUUUGUGGAAACCUCGGAGCAAACUAACCCAAGUUACCUCUUCACAUGCUCGGUGGAGUCAGCAGCCAGAGCGCACCCUGGGACAAGGGUUGUGUUGCUCAUGAAAGGAUUGGCAGAUGGGAAUGCCUCCUUACCCAACGUGUGGGCAUUCUCGUUGCUGAGCUGCUUGCCCAACGUGGAAAUCCGGCCCCUGGACUUGCCAGAGCUUUUCUCAGGGACACCUCUGGCAAAGUGGUACCUGCAGUCUUAUCAUCACUGGGAGCCUUAUUUCCUACCUGUCCUGUCUGACGCCUGCAGAAUUGUCAUCAUGUGGAAAUUUGGUGGCAUCUACCUGGACACAGACUUCAUUGUGCUUAAGAACUUAAAGAACCUCACCAAUGCCCUUGGCAUCCAGUCUCAGGAUGUCCUGAAUGGGGCCUUUCUGUCCUUUACACCCAAGCAUGAGUACAUGGAGCUUUGCAUGCAGGACUUUGUAGAUAACUACAACGGCUGGAUCUGGGCGCACCAGGGCCCAGAACUCCUAACACGUGUCUUCAAGAAGUGGUGUUCCAUCAGCAAUAUUCAGAACAACAUGAGGUGCAAAGGGGUGCGUGCUCUUUCCCCAGAAGCCAUUUAUCCUAUUCGCUGGGAGGACUGGAAGACAUUCUUUCAAUCCAUCAGCUCCUCGGAGCUUCACAAGCUCCUUAAGAACACCUACGCGGUGCACGUAUGGAACAAACUGAGCCACGAGACAAAGCUAGAGGUCCCAUCCCAGGCUUUCCUGGCUCAGCUGUAUUCUCAGUUCUGCCCUGCCACAUAUGCAAAGAUGAAGAAGGACUCGGAAGAGCAGUCACGGCCUGCAACGUGACCUGUGGGCCUUUGGCUGCGGGGAAGUUCCCUAACCUGAAGGAAACUGGGGGCCUUUCACCUUCCACAGAGCUGGUUUCUGGCCCAGGAGCAGGUGCUCUGUGUGACGGCUCAGUGAUUCUUGUACCAUUUCUGCCAUCUGCCUCAGAUCCCACACGCUUCCAAUAUACACCAGCACCUGCAUUUGGACUCUCUUGUUGUCCUUCAGUAGCCCUUGAUGCUGCAGGGAAGGGUGAACUUGUUGAUUGGUGCCUAUCAGUUGCUCCUCUGUUGCUGUUCUCUCCGUUGCUUCUCCUGCGCAUGAGGCCAGAAAAGCCUCUUGUGUAGUUUCAGCCGCUGCAGGAGCCCUUGGCUUGCUCUCUGUCACUUUUAUAAGUAUGGAAAUAAAGGCCAGCAAGUGCAUUUUAA